GUCGCCGCACGUGCUGAAGUUGCACCAGGUGAGAAGGUUGUUGGAAUUGACUUGGGCACGACCAACUCUGCCGUGGCUGCCAUGGAGGACCAGGUUUUCUUGUGCUAUUGUGGCUACUAUGCCGAGGCUGGAACUCCCACUGUGAUCCCCAAUGCAGAGGGAGCCCGAACUACACCCAGUGUAGUGGCCUACUCCAAGAGCGGUGAGCUUUUGGUUGGGCAGAUUGCAAAGCGCCAGGAGGGGAAUCGUUGUGGUGAGUACUAG